AUGAGGAACAAUAUGAACAGAUAUCAAAACCUCUGAGACCAUGUGAGAUUCUGUGAAAUGCACAUUCAAAGAGAGGAAAAGAGAAAGCCUCAAAGGGGUGGAGGGAGACUUCAGGGUGGAGUUUGUCUUCAGAUGAUGUCUGAAUGAAAACGCAAGUUUCUACACAUUCACGAGAAACAGAGACAGAGAGCUUGACAGACGGCUGGAGAAAAACUCACUUACUCAACAGAAGCCACAGUGUAAUCUCCACUCGGUUUGAUUAUGCCUUCAAAAACACUCACAACCACAGCAAACGAGAGCAUCGCUAAACAAACUGAGGAGCAGGAAGUGGAUGUGCGACACAACCAUCAUGUUAAAGACGAUGAGCCAGACUUUGAUGGGUGGAAAGAAACCAGAGCCCGGACAUCAUUAUCCAGAAACCUCAGAUUUGCAUAUCACAAUCAGAAGGUGCUGGGUGUUUUCACCACUGAGGUCAUUCCUUUAGGGACCCUCUUUGGCCCACUGCUCGGACAACAUCUUCACCCUGAAGAUAUGCCUGCAAACAUCCACGGGAAACACAUCUGGAUGAUCUUCUCAGAGGGGCGAUUGCAUCACUUCCUGUCUUGUGAGGAUGAGAGUAGCAGCAACUGGAUGCGCUUUGUAAACUAUGCCUCGUCUCCUUGGCAACAGAAUCUUGCCGUGUUCCAAAUUGGAAUGCAGAUUUACUUCUAUGCCAUGAAGGUUCUAAUGCCAGGGGAGGAGCUGCGGGUGGGGCGGAGCCUAGAACACGAGCAGCCAAUGAGCACCAGCCUCAGAACUGCCUGUCUAAAACAGCCGCCUCCCACACACUCGUCUUCUCAGGGUAAAGAUCAAGUGAGGAAGAGAAAGCGAGGUCACACGGUCACUGAGAUCCUGGAUCUGGAUCCCUGGACUGAUCAUCACACUGAAACUCCUCCAAACAAACCGUUUAAUGCCAUCACACAAACGAACUAUAGAGAAAAAGAGACCAGAGAUCUGCAGAAUCCAAAAUUACCUCUAUUUUCAAUGACUAAAGCCGUCUCUGAGGUCCCCUUGAACUUGAAAAUGGCAUCUAGUGUAGGAGAACAUGUAUACACCUCUGCUAUCCCACAAUCCUCUAUGCCAAAGUAUAUAUGGCCUGUUAUUCAAUACGCGCCGUCACAUCAGCCAGUGGGAUUUGGCCAGACAACACCACACAUGUCCCAUAAUAUUCCACCAAUCCACAUGUAUCCAUCUCUCUUGCAUCCAACAUCCAAUGAGAAUCAUCUUUCAUUAGCAUUGACUAAUAGAGGCAACCCCAAAAUUAAAGUGAGAGACUCUGCAAAGAGAGAAACAAAUCCUAAAGACUCCACAAAUCAACUGUCAGGCCUCAGUAAUGCAACCAAUCCGUCUCCCGCUGAAGUGUCCAGUGCAGAUGACAUCACAGCCCAGAGAGACUCACCUGAGAUGCGCGUCUCCCCCACAUAUUCUACACCGUAUCCAUUACAGAGACAGAAUGGAAAGAUCCAGUAUAAAUGUAACGUGUGUGAGAAGAACUUCAGUCAGCUGUCCAAUCUGAAGGUUCACCUGAGGGUUCACAGCGGUGAGAAACCUUACAAGUGCAAUAUCUGCAGAAGGAACUUUUCCCAGCUGGCUCACCUUCAAAAGCACAUCCAGGUUCAUACGGGAGAGAAACCACAUGAAUGCCAUGUGUGUAACAGGCGCUUCAGCAGCUGCAGUAACCUGACUCACCUGCGGCUGCACUCGGGCGAACGGCCGUAUGCCUGUAAGCAGUGUCUCGCCAGCUUCACCCAGCACAUCCACCUGCGGCUGCACAGACGCAUGCACGCCAGCCCGCGCUCCCACUGCUGCCCGCAUUGCUCUCGCAGGUACACACACCUGUGCAGCCUGCAGAUCCACCUGCACCAGUUCUGCCCCGCCUCCAGCCUCACAGGCUCCGCCUCUCAGCUGUGCCGAGCCAAUGACGAGAUCGAGAGGUUUGAUCUGAGUGAAGGUGCAGCGAAGCAUGAGGCUGGCCUGGAGGCGGAGUCCAUAAAGAAGAUAUGUCAGGAGAUCUUGACACUUGCAGUUCCGCAGGGAGCAACACAGGCCAAAACAAUGACACAUCAAUCCUCCAGCUCUGUUUCUCCAAAGGUUUGCAUUAAACAGGACGAUGAUCAGUAAAUUGUCUGAUAUUUCAUUCUUGAAUACAUUUAACACUUUUAUUCAGCAAGUAUGCAUUAAAUUGAUCUAAAAAUAACAGUACACAUUUAUAAUGUAACAAAAAAAUAUAUUUCAAAUAAAUGCUGUUCCUUUGAACUUUCUAUUCA